CGGAGGGACGGGGGCUGUAGUGCGCAGGCGCGCGGGCCAGCGAGCUGAGGUCGGGCCAGCCGAGCAGUUGCGGAGACGCGCGAGCGGGCCGUUUACGUUGAGCAUGAGUCUUGUUAUGAUCAGUGAGAAUGUAAAGCUGGCCCGUGAAUAUGCCUUACUAGGGAGCUAUGAUACUGCAAUGGUCUACUACCAGGGAGUUCUCGACCAAAUGAACAAGUACCUCUACUCUGUCCGAGAUACGUGUCUUCAGCAGAAAUGGCAACAGGUUUGGCAGGAGAUAAGUGUGGAAGCUAAGCAUGUGAAGGAUAUCAUGAAAACAUUAGAGAGUUUUAAACUAGACAGUACUCCCUUGAAAGCUUCACAACAAGAAUUACCAGCUCACGAUGCAGAAGUCUGGUCCUUGCCAGUACCUGCUGAUCGUAGACCUUCACCAGGACCAAGAAAACGUCAGUCCGCUCCAUGCAAUGAUUGCAGAGGUCACAAUAACCGUGCAAGUGCAGCAGUGAGGGGCCCUCACCGUCCUUCUCGAAAUCCUAAUGAUAAAGGGAAAGCAGUCCGGGGCCGAGAAAAGAAGGAUCAACAAAUCAAAGGAAAAGAGGAAAAGAACAAAUCCUCUUCUGAUAUUUCAGAAUCUGAGCCAAAGAGAUUUGAUGGUACAGGAUAUGAUAAAGAUUUAGUAGAGGCUCUGGAAAGAGAUAUAAUUUCUCAAAAUCCCAAUGUGCGAUGGGAUGAUAUAGCUGACUUAGUAGAGGCCAAAAAAUUGCUCAAGGAAGCUGUUGUCUUGCCAAUGUGGAUGCCAGAAUUCUUUAAAGGCAUUAGGAGACCAUGGAAGGGUGUACUGAUGGUUGGUCCACCCGGUACUGGAAAGACCCUCCUUGCAAAAGCUGUAGCUACUGAAUGCAAGACAACAUUUUUCAAUGUCUCUUCAUCAACACUAACCUCAAAAUACAGAGGAGAAUCUGAGAAACUUGUUCGCCUGCUGUUUGAAAUGGCUCGGUUUUAUGCACCAACAACUAUAUUUAUUGACGAGAUAGACUCUAUCUGUAGUCGCAGAGGAACCUCAGAAGAGCAUGAAGCCAGCCGUCGGGUGAAGGCAGAACUGCUGGUUCAAAUGGAUGGUGUUGGAGGGGCAUCUGAAAAUGAUGAUCCUUCCAAGAUGGUUAUGGUACUAGCUGCUACUAAUUUUCCUUGGGAUAUUGAUGAGGCCCUAAGACGAAGACUAGAAAAGAGAAUUUACAUUCCUUUACCAUCAGCAAAAGGCAGAGAGGAACUUUUACGAAUAAACCUGCGAGAGCUUGAAUUGGCUGAUGAUGUUGACCUUGAAAAUAUUGCUGAGAAAAUGGAAGGUUAUUCUGGCGCAGAUAUCACCAAUGUAUGCAGAGAUGCAUCAUUGAUGGCUAUGAGAAGGCGUAUUGAAGGCUUGACACCGGAAGAAAUCAGAAAUCUUUCCAGAGAUGAAAUGCACAUGCCUACAACUAUGGAGGAUUUUGAAAUGGCUUUGAAAAAGGUUUCUAAAUCAGUAUCUGCUGCAGACAUUGAGAAAUAUGAGAAAUGGAUAGUUGAAUUUGGAUCAUGCUAAGACCUCUUAACCAAACUUACUUUGAGAAACCUGCCUUAAGUCUUAAAACAGCUUCAGAAGUGAUGAAAAGUAGUUCCAAUGCACUGAGUGCUAUUUUUUAAUUUUUGUAAUUAUUAAGAGUAACAUGAUUCUAAAUAAAAUAAUUUUUUAAACUGCAGGUUACCUCUGCCUCUUGAAUUAACUCAGACCAGUCCUCCUUUGCCUAUCUGUUAAUGUUAAUCAAAUGCAGUAGUGGGACUUGUUCGCUCUGCAUUUAGGACAGAAGCUGGCUUUAUGUGAUCGUUUAAAUUUAGAUUCUUGCUGUUGACUGAGAUGGAAACUCCAGUUCCAACAGAGUUGCCAAUCCAUAACAGAGGCAGGAAUGUUAAUAAGAAUUUUUGCAUCUGGUAGUCUUGAUGCAGUUUUAUUAAGCUACUAACAGUUAAUUAAUUCAACCCAAGCUGGAGAGGUAGGAAUAGACCUGAUUUUAGGUUAUACGGAUAACCAUUUUUCAGCAUAUACUAUAUGACUGAAAUCCAUUUACUACUAUGGCCAUUGGCCAACGUUGUCACAUAUGCAGUCUCAUUUUAUAGAGUGGAUGUAGAAGUGCUAGCAUGCAAAAGGAACAAGCAGUAGUGCUGUGAGAAGAAAGAACUGCAGCAAACUAGUGAAAAAAGAGGCAUAAGUAGGAAAAUCAGGCUGUCACUAGAAAGAGCUGGAGGCUGCGUUCCUGUGGCCCUCAUGGUUACCCAGCAGUACCAUUGCUGUGGUGAAUUAUUUAAGGGGGCACUGAGGGAAAUGCUGACUCUACAAAGAGCUCUUCAGUACUUGGACCCUGACCUAGGCAAGACCUAAGAUGCAAUAAUAUACCUAGUUGAACUCCUGUCAUAAUUCAUUACCUUCAUGAUGCCCAAAGUCCCACCCUUCCCAUUUCAGAAAGGUGGUUGGAUAAACUGCAGGUAGAGAAAGGUAUUGCCUUUUGAAGUAGCCAGUUUAAACAUGAGUUGCCAGUAGCCUGAAAGAAUUGGGUAGCUGGCAGGUUUUGGCAGUAAGGUACAAUUCUGGCUAACCAGUCAGCUUAUUGUAAACUGACCCAAUAUUUCAACUGACACGACACAGAAAUGGAAAGGGCAUCAAUGACCCAGUCCCUGCACUAGUAAUGUUGCAGUGUUGUAGCUAUUUUUGUAAAGCAUAAAUAAACCAAAACACUUGUUCAGUUCAGUACUUAGAAUGAGGUGGACACUAAUAGUGCCAGCUCAAGGAGGGCUGCUCUGCUUUUUCUUGGCUAUGAUAAUAGACAGCAGUGACACCACUAUGAUUCCCUGCAGACUUGAGUACAAAUGUCCUGUUUUGUCCUUUGGCACAGAUGACAAAACCAAAGGAGGUGCUUUGAUCCUUUCCAACAUUUCUCACAUGGGUGAGCUUGUUUUAUGUGCUGCAGUUAGGACAUCCUCCUCUAUCAUGCUAAGCGUUGUUGGCACCAACACAAAACAGUUGCUUUUUCAGUCUGUUGUCCUUUGGAGAGCUAUCAGCCGUAACAAGCAUCUUGAAUGGAUUUCACAAUAUUCACUGUAACACCCUGCCACUCAGCUUGAGAAACGCAUGCUGAAGCUGCAGUGGUCCUUAUAACAAGUCUGAGCCUUCUGAGUUUUUCAGUGAAAACUUCCAAAAAAAAUAUUUUUGCCUUUUCCCUUUAAAUGUAAGUGUACUAGUGACCUAGUACCACCGCAGGAAUAAUUCAGUGGUUCUAGGAUUGCACGUGUUAUUGACAGUUCUCUUAAAAUCCCAGCCACACUGCAGUUUUUUUUCCCCUCAUCCUGUGUCUGGAGAACAACUCAAAUUACACUUACUGACCCACAACACUUGCCACCAUCUGUUCUAUUUUUCAUUCAUUAGCAAGUUAGUUGUUACAGCUAUGUAGUUAUAUUCAAUCACUUUGGGGCCUUAAAAAACCAGCACCCCUCCCAAAUUUGCAAUGUAUUUUCAAAUAAUUUAAGUUAGACUAAAGCCAUGAGUGAAACAGUAAUUUUAAAGUCUCCCUGAGGCUGUGCUCUUGUGUCCUUCCUCCGCUAAUAUGUAAAACAUGCACUACUAAAAAAAAGGGAACAUCUGCCUCAUUGACAUCAACCUGCAUAUAAGGCAUUGCCAGCACUCAGUCUGGAAAACUAUUAUUCUUGCAGCUGUUCAGCUGAUGGUUAAAUUUCCAGGUGUCUAGUAUAGCUUUCUGAGUGGGGAAAGUAAAAGGUAGACCAGCUUCCCCAGAAUCACUCUGGAGAAGCUGUCCACCUACAUCAAAAUAUUUUGUCCUGGAAAGAUCUGCUGCUCUUCAAUACAUAAUGUUCAGAUCUUUUCAUUUUGAACCAGUUAGUGAGCAAUGCCUGGAUGAUGUACCAAUACAUCAUAAAAAAAAUUGUGACCCUCCCACCUCAUUUAAUAACUUAAAAGAGAGAACUGGAAUGUCACGCCUACACCAGGCCAUACUCCUAUGUGGCUAGGUAUGCUUUAUAUCUUUGUAUCUUGGGUAAUACAUCCUCCUUAUUACGUUUUCCAGUGUGUGAAGUGCAGCAAGGCAGACGAUGGUUUUGGGGCUAACAACCCUGUAUGGUAUCUCUUCCUAAUGCACUCUCUCUGUGGGAAUGUAUGGCACUGAUAGAGGCAGCCACCUCUCUAUGAACUGUCACUACUGCGGUGUCAGCAGUUUUACUGGUUAAAACUCCCCUGUAGGCAUGGCCUUACCGUUCUUCUAAGAAAUGUGCAAGGAAUAUAUAUUGCCCUAGUUCAUAGCAUUUUUUUAAACAGGACUAGGCGGUCCAAGUGUUCAAAGACCUAGUACUCCAUUCAAUGCAAGAAGCUGCCCUUUUGAUCUUAAGUCAUGACACUGUAGCAAAGAUGGGUAUUUAUUUCCCCACCACCACCCCUUUGUAACAAAUAAUUUUAUUAGUUGGAAUAGCAAGGCCGAAACUAGAUUACAAUUUGUUUUUUUCCUUCAGCUAACAUGUUCUGCAAACUGUUGUUUUCUUUAGCUACAUUCAUUUUAGAACUUCCACAAGCCACAUCGUUUAUUAAACAAUUUAAAUGUUAAUUUAUUUGAAAACUCAUGGCAAUACAAAUUAGUCUGGGAAAACUGAGCCUCCACUCAGUACAGUUAAACCAGUCUUUUAAAGAUAUUUUGCUCUUCUUGCUGAGAAAAUUUACAUGGUACUGCAGUCCAUGAUAUACAAAAGAGCACACUAAACCUGCCACACAAGUUUAAAAGUGCUAUCAAUUUUUAGUGGAGCAGGGGCCUCAUACAAAAUUGAGUGUUGAAUAAAGUGCUUGAAAUACCAAAUUGCCUUUCAGUUUUGUCUUGCAUACA